AUGGCUGCCACCGUUGAAGCUACAUCACCAGUUCCAGAGUCUGCUGCUCCAGCUAAGACUGAAGUUGCCGAGAAGAAGGUAGCAUCACCAAAAGUUGCCAAGCCAAAGUCACCCAAGGCUUCAAAAGCUGCAACUGCUGCUGCCAAGUCAACUCAUCCAAGUACAUCUGAAAUGGUCAACUCAGCUAUCACAGCUCUUGCUGAUCGCAAAGGUUCAUCACUUCAGGCCAUCAAAAAGUACUUGGCUUCUGAAUACAAAUUGGACACCAAGAAACACGCUAUUUUCAUCAGAAAAUACUUGAACUCAGCUUCAAAAUCUGGUGUUUUAGUUCGUACCAAGGGCAACGGUGCAUUGGGUUCAUUCAAGAUUGCCACCAAGGAAGAACCAGCUAAGAAAGCUAAAACAACAGAAAAGAAAGCACCUAAAAAGGUAGCAGCUAAAAAACCAACUUCACCAAAGAAGGUUGCUGCUAAAAAACCAUCAGCCAAAAAAGCUGUUGCUGCUAAACCAGCAGUUGCAGCAGUUAAAAAAGCUGUUCAAGAAAAAACUGUCAAGCCAGCUGCACCCAAAAAGGCACCAGUUAAAAAAGUAUCUGAAGAAAAGAAAGCUAAAGUUGCUGCUGCCAAGAGUCCAAAGGCAAAGAAGACCACCAAAGGACCAACAGCAAAGCCAAAGGUACCAAAAGCAAAAAAAACACCAGCAUUAAAAACCGUCAAAGCCAAGGCUCCAGUUGCUGCCAACUAA